AUGGCAAGCGAACACAAGGGAUCGCAGAAAUGCAAUGAAAACAAAAAGAAACGUGCUGCCGAACUGUCCGCUAAUAAUGCAAAAGGCUUCUUCAAAAAAUAUUUCACCACGGCCAGUGCGAGUACGAGUAUUGUUCCGUCACAAGUGUCCAUCCCAGAAACCAUCCAACAGUAUCCAAGAACGGCACCGAGCGGUCAUUCAUCAGAUGCACAAGCACCGCAGAAGCCGCCUUGCCCCAAAGGAGUCGCCUUGGUCAGGCAAUUCCGCCAGCGCAUUAACCUGAUUCCAGCGGCAGUUGCACCAGCCAGCUCGGAACAUCCUCUCACAAGAUUUGCAGGUCCACCGGCUGUUGGCAAUGAUGAGGAUGCAUGGGAGAUAUAUGAUGGCCCGCUGAACACACUCCUUCAGCAACCAGAGGAUAAGCUACGUGACUUAGUACGCACUGGCGAAAAAGGCCUUCUUGGGCUUUGCAACUUCCUUGAAAGCCUGGUGGUGGACCACGGGGUCAUGGGUGCGCUGUUUGAAGGAAAACUGGAACGGUUGAUGCAGGCGAUUGAUGCAGUGGCUCCAGUCGUGCAUGAGACCAUGCCAACGGGUCCCCAGGAUGUGGCACAGGCCAUAGAUGUCGAUUCCCUUUCCGAGGCCACUGAGCCGAUCUGCUCGUGCACCAGUGAACUGCCUUCACGGAAGUAUUCUUGCAUGGGCUAUCUGAUCCCCAUUCCUGAGGGCAGAAGUGCGCACUCGGCCUGGCCCUUCGGCCUCCAUGACAAGCUCGGCGAUCCAUGGGACUACACAGUGAGAAGCGGGAGCCUCUUCAUUCAUGCACGCACGUGUAAGCAGCAAAUCACUCACCCAAACUCGAGUUGUUGUGCUUGCCGGGAGCUCGAGAAUGACUCCAGCCUUGGCGGAAUUGUUGAAAGAAUAGAAAAUGGGGUCCACGAUAAUGCGCCACUUGCAUACCAGAGCCAUGAAGGCCUGGUGAACAAGGUCCAAUGCAAAACACGCCAAAACGAAGCACUGCGGCUACAAGCGCUCAAUGACACACAUAAACUAGCGACUAAAUCACGUACCAUGGCCUUAUUCAAGCAAUUUAUCAUGGCGGUCGGGAGCGGUAAAGUAGAGCGGGUUGACCGUCUUGUGCGAGUGACCAUGGCUCGAGGCAGGCAGUACUGUGACUGUUGUAUACAACACAGUGGCAGUAGUGCACCACCCAGUGGUACACCAUUGUGGUAA